UCCCGUACAUGAAGAUGAGAGAGAUGAAACACGAGUUAUUCAGUCCAGCAAUAUCAUUAAAGCAGCUGUUUAUUUGUGAAUGUUAAAAUAUAAAAGGUUCCAAUAAUUGUUUGAUUGAGGUCCAUAUUAAUAUAGACUAAUACUGACUGACACAGACGUCAACAUGCAAAUAAAGGGACAGACGUGGACAAAUACACAAAUAAAGAGGAAAUGAAUAUGAUGUUUUUGAGUAAUAAACAAAUGAUGUGAAAUGAUGUUCUGAAUGAGGGAUGAGAGCAGAUAUAAUGAUCACACUGUUUAAAGCUGCAGACAGAAACAUCAGACUCAGGACAGAAACACACGACCUCUAAAAAAUGGAGCAAACUCUAUAUUUCAUUCUUCUUCUCAUUGCUCUCUGCUCCGUAUCUGAAUGUGUUCAGCGUCAGUAUUACUUUAUAAACGUGACGAAGAACUGGACUGAAGCUCAGAGAUACUGCAGAGAGAAAUACACAGAUCUGGCCACCGUUGACAACAUGAACGACUUGAACGAGCUGAAGAAGAGUGUGAAUGAUUCCGGUCGUGAGUAUGUCUGGAUUGGGCUGCAGAGGAUGAGUGUUGAUAAAUGGCAGUGGUCUUCAGGUGAUCCUGCGCUCUAUCUGAACUGGGGACCUGGACAACCAGAUGGUGGAGAUGAGGAGUGUGCUGUGAUGAAGAAUGGACAAUGGCAUGAUGUGUCAUGUAGCAACAGCCAGACUUUCAUCUGCAAAAACACAAACACAGGACUCGUCUAUGUCAAUGAGAUGAAGAAUUGGAGAGACGCUCAGAGUUACUGCAGACAGAAUCACAUUGAUCUGGUCAGUGUGAGGAACCAGAAUGAGAGUCAACAGCUUCAGCAGUUCAUCAAUGAUAAUCACAUAUCUGGUGAUGUCUGGAUCGGUCUGUUCAGAGUCUCAUGGCAGUGGUCAGAUCAGAGUGACUCCUUAUUCAGAUACUGGAGGUCUGGUGAACCUAAUAAUGCUGGAGGAAAUGAAAACUGUACAGCGGUCAUUCAUCUCGCUCCGAGAGAAUGGAAUGACGUCCUUUGCAACAACCAAAAUCCUUUUGUGUGUCAUGAAGAAAAACUGAUUCUGAUCAAAGAGAAGCUGACGUGGUCUGAAGCUCUGAGAUACUGCAGACAGAAUCAUGUGGAUCUGGUCUCGGUUCAUUCAGAAGAGAUGCAGCGUGACGUGAUGAAUGUGGUUAAACAGGCGUCUACUAAGUUGGUGUGGUUGGGUUUACGUCACUCCUGCACUGUGGGCCUCUGGUUCUGGGUGAGCGGACAGACCGUGUGCUAUCAGAACUGGGCGAUUGAUGAUUCAGAGAACUGUGAUUCUGCAGUGAGAUCUGGAGCAGUUCAGUCUGGAGGAGGUCAGCGCUGGAUCAGCCGUCCUGAGACUGACAGACUCAACUUCAUCUGCAGCAGAAAUUAAGAGUGAAGGAUUCGUUUGUGCUGUUCUUUCACUUUCAUUUUGCCUUGUUCUAUCUUUUUUUUUUAAUUGACAAUCACUUUUUGUUCUGUUUUCAUCAGAUAAUGUGCUUAUAUCAGUACAAUUAAAUUAAUUUAAGAGUAUAAAAUACCAGUGUGCACUAUAUAUGUUUUAAAGACCCCAUGAAAUCAAAUUGAGUUUUCAUCUGUGGCUUUUAGAAACAUUUGGAAAUUGCAGUCAUUCUCUUCUGGAAAAAUAGCUCAAUAUUUUUAACACAGACUGUUCAAUCAAACACACUUACAGUCAACUAGACAUUAGAAGAUCAUGAUUCAAGGAUUUGGCAUAAAUCAUAUUGACUAUUUAAAAGAAAAUCAAAGUAAAGCACAAUCACAUCAGUUGAUUUCAUGGGAUCUUGGGAUUCUGGUGGUUUGGAUAUUUUCUUCUCUCCUGUUUCUAGUCAUAUCUUUACAAAUUACUUGUUUAAAAUGAUUUUAAAUGAUUGUGAGCAUCAUAGUGAAAUGAAAUAUUGUUUAUUCUUAAAGAAAAACUAAAAGUUGAGUAUAAAGUUUCUUGUAACCUGUAAUUCAACAACAUCAUCUCAAAUAAACUUAUUUACAA